AUGGCACAUAACGAGUUGUUCCUACAAUUUGAGAACUAUGAAUUCGACCGUGAUGAAGCGUUUCAAAAAGGUUUGCAGACUGUUGUAGCUUCUGGCAAAGACAAACCACAACAGGAAAGAGAGGCAUUUAUACAGAGGGCAAAAUUCUUUUACUUCUCAAAAACCGUUAGCAAAAAAAUCGAUUAUGAUGAGUACGUAGCGUGGAAGCUGGAUAGACAGAAUGUAAACAGCCUUGAUACUUCGCCAACCAAGACAGAAGCCUGCUCGCCGCAAAAUGAUAUAGAUGCACAACUUACAUUGAAUUCUUCUCAAAAUCUAGAGACAACGACUUCUGAUAACAAGCCACCGCAUUCUCGCUCAUUUCAAGAAGUAGUUAAAAUGAUAGCAGCAGGCGAGAUGCCACCAGUGCGAAAAAUCCCUGAUGAACUCAACAAAAACCCUCCAAAGCCACCAACCAUGGAACCAAAACCAAAGCCGUGGAAACGAGUCUCUUGA